AUGGAAGGUCUGUUUUCUGCUGGGAAGAAGCAAAAGGACCGGGCUGUUUACCAGACGGUUGUGGAUGGAUUACGUAAUUUGUAUUUUAAGUACGUACUCCCCCUGGAAACAACGUACAAAUUUCAUGAAUUUCAUUCAGCACCUUUGGAAAAUGCCGACUUUGACUCGACACCAAUGGUCCUUCUUGUUGGCCAGUAUUCCACCGGAAAAACAACGUUCAUUCGCUACCUUUUGGGGGAGGAUUUCCCAGGAAUGCGCAUCGGACCCGAACCAACCACUGACAAAUUCAUCGCAAUAAUGCACGGCGAGCAGUCGUCGAUAAUUCCGGGCAAUGCUCUUGUUGUUGAUCCAAAAAAGCAGUUUCGUCCAUUAUCUGCUUUUGGAAAUAAUUUUCUAAAUCGUUUCCAGUGUUCUAUGCUUAAUAAUAAGGUCCUCGAAAGCAUAUCCCUUGUCGACACCCCUGGAAUACUUAGCGGUGAAAAACAACGAUUGGGUAGAGGUUAUGACCUCACUGGAGUCAUCGAAUGGUUUGCGCAUCAUGUUGACAGGAUAAUUCUACUAUUUGACGCCCACAAACUAGAUAUAUCUGACGAAUUUCGUGGUGUGAUUGAAGCGGUUAAAGGUAAUGAGGAUAAAGUCCGCAUUGUCUUAAAUAAGUCAGACAUGGUGGAUUUCCAGCAGCUUAUGCGUGUCUAUGGUGCCUUGAUGUGGAAUCUGGGCAAAAUCUUGGCUACGCCCGAGGUCGCACGUGUUUAUAUUGGUUCAUUUUGGGAUCAACAACUACACUACGACACCAAUCGUCGCCUUUUCGAACUAGAGCAGGCAGAUCUUUUCCAGGACCUCCAAACUCUGCCAAAAUACUCUACAAUUCGCAAACUUAAUGACCUUAUUCGGCGUGCUCGCCUAGCUAAAGUUCAUGCCUAUAUAAUUUCUGAAUUACGGCGACAAAUGCCAACAUUGAUUGGUAAGGAAACAAAGAAGAAAGAAUUGAUUGCAAAUCUUCCCUCCAUCUAUGAAAACAUUUCACGAACCCACCAUAUUUCAAUCGGUGACUUCCCCCCAAUUGACAAAAUGCGGGAACUCCUCGCUGCACAGGACUUCAAAUCUUUUAGUCACCUUCAGCCAAAGCUCAUUUCAGGAGUUGAGAAAAUGCUGUCGGUGGAUAUCGCGAAGCUAAUGCAAAUGAUUCCUCAAGAGCAGAAGGCAGAUUCCGAGGCUUUCCGUCCACGCGUAGAGGGUGGAGCCUUCGACAACUUCGACACGCCGUUCGGUAUCGGCGCCUCAGAGGGCAUCAAUCGGGGCAAGUAUGAAAGCACCUGGGUAGUCGAGACCGACGUUCCCGAGGCCUAUGAGAUAUUCCGCAAACUUGAUACAGUAGACGGUAAGAUUAGUGGCCAGACCGCCCGCAUUGAGAUGCUCAAGUCCCAACUCCCAGAGGCCACGCUACGUCGCAUCUGGGCUCUUUCGGAUAUUGACAAAGACGGAUGUCUCACAGCGGACGAGUUUGCCCUAGCCAAGUACUUGAUCAAGCUGAAACUGGACGGCCAUGACUUGCCUACUACCUUACCUGACCACCUCUACCCCCCUUCAAUGUACUCAUAUCGACCAGUGCGAGACAGUGAAACUAAGAUUGGGGACUCCGUGUCAAAUCAGACCAUUCCACUGCCGUCGACCAAUGGCGAAGUUUGA